CUUGCAAAAAACCGUGAUCCUUCUCGGCCACGGCAUUAUAUAUAUAUAGAUAGCUGGAUAUUUCGCCGGGGAGGACGCGGCGGAAAGGGGUCUGGCUACGCGAGACUACAGUCGCUCUAAUUCGUGAACGCACUUUCUACUAGGCUCCUCGAUCUACGACCCCAGUGGUUUAGUCAUCAUGUCUUCCGAUGCCUCUUCUCCAGAAUGUCUUCUAACCUACCUACACGGAGUGAAAUGCGAGAAGUUGGGGGAUCCAACGAAGCUCCGUGAAGGAGAUCACUUGGCAGUUCAUUCCCAGGAAGGAGGCAUUUGGCACCACGGAAUUUACAGCGAUGGCAAAGUCUAUCAUUUCUUCGGAAACGACAAACGUCAGGCUACGAUAUCUCUAGAUUUUUUCAUGGAUUUCGUUGCAGGGCGUACCGCAACUUUCAUUUUCCGCUACCCACAAGAUGGAUAUCUCCCACCGAACGAUGUGGUUGCCAACGCAAGGCAGAUAUUUACGACACAGAAAUGGCCAGAAUACUCACUUCUGUCGAAUAACUGCGAGCACUUUGCUACGUACUGUAAGACUGGACAGGGAUAUUCUACUCAAGUGUGGAACGAGGUUCAGCGUAUUCUUACAACAACUGUGGCUGGUUUUAGUCAGGGUAGACUGCUGGGAGCGUCAGUCGGUUCACUGACAGCAGCAGUCAGUUUGGCUUCUAGGCUUGGGGAACUCAAUUCGGAUGGAAAGGCCAAAAAGAACUAAAUGAUAGGUCAAUGUGCACUUGUAUUUGUAGUCGAUCUACAUUUUGUAGUGUAUUGCACGUCUAUUUACUAUUGGUUGUUAGUAAAGGGGCGUAGCCUAUACCUAUUUAGCAUUUGACUGUUUUGAUUACUUGACACUUGCGAGUUUGUCGUUGUUGUGUGUAGAAAUACUGAAUAGAGUAUCUAAAGGAACUAAAGGACCCAGAAACAUAACAAGUGGCGACGAGGAUCGGAUAAUACUUUUGCUUGCAGAGGUGUACGGUUCUGUGUAGCCCGAAUUGAAGAGUUCGACAGUAACAAUUCCCAAGAGAGAAAAAUAGGCGGUUUCAC